AAAGUUGAUGUACGAACCGGGACAUAUGCUCGACGAAAUAGACGAAGAUCGGAUAUGCCCGGACAAGGGGAAGGACAUCAAAGUGCUUUUUUUAACCAAUUCGGCACUCGGGAAUGCUGAGGCGCGCAUGGCCAUCCGACAGACAUGGGGACACUAUGCCAGCCGCAUAGACAUUGGACACGCCUUUGUAUUGGGUCGAGGUACAAACGAGACGCUCAACAAGGCCAUCGAUGAAGAGAAUUACCUCUAUGGGGAUCUGAUUCGUGGCAACUUUAUCGAUUCCUACAAAAACAUUACACUUAAGGUAAUCUCCUUGUUGGAAUGGGCGGCUAGGCAUUGCUCGCGGGCCGCCUACAUAUUCAAGACGGAUGACGAUGUGUUCAUCAAUGUGCCCAAGCUUCUGGAAUUUCUGAGCACACACUCGGCUAAAAGAACUAUGUAUGGCCGACUGGCUCAGAACUUUAAACCCAUACGCAACAAGUUGGCAAAGUAUUAUGUGACCACCGAUGAAUAUGCAGAGGAUGUCUAUCCAACAUUUAUACUGGGACCUGCCUACCUCUUCACUGGCGACAUCCUGCACGAACUGUAUGAACACUCGCUGAACAGGCCAUAUCUGUGGCUGGAGGACAUUGUCGUGACGGGUGUGGUGCCCGAAAGUUUGGGCAUUAAGCGUGAGGACAGCUAUUGCUUUGUAAAUGUGGUCACCACAUACAAUCCGUGCGUCCUUCACGAUCACGUCAGUUUCCAUUCGAUUAAGCCUAUCCAACAAUACGAUAUUUGGAAUACCAUCCAAAACAAGACUACCAAAUGUUGACGCUGCUUAAAACAACAAGACGUGACCUACU